CGGUGCUUUUGUAUUUAGUCUUAUUUAUGACUGUUUGAUUAUCACCGACUACAAUUUAAUAUUUAAACACCGUGAAAACGACUUUGUCGAAAUGUUAGAAAUCUUAAAUCAUCAAAUUUCAGUAAUAACUUUGUUAUGCAUGAUUACCGUUUUGGUUUUUACCAACGAUAUUUCAUCGGAAAGCGGUUCAGUCGAUAAAGAAAAUGAAUUUUAUGUUGGCCGAAAAAAUUAUCACAAUGAUGAAUUUUAUCAUAAGGAAGUCAGACUUUACCAUACAUCGAAACAUGUAUUUUACUGGCUUUAUACAAGAGAUAACACCAGCGGUCAACUUUUAAACAGAAGUGAGGAACAUAUGAUCGAGUCGACGACGUUUAACGAAAAUAAUCCAAUUAAAGUUAUAAUUCACGGUUGGCUUGGCACUACUCAAGAAAAAGAGGGCGUUUGUUCGUACAACGUAAAAUCAUAUUUGAAAGUGGGUGAGUACAAUGUGAUCUGUGUGGAUUGGAAACAAUAUUCGACUGAUUUAACAUACGCAGUCGCUAAAGCAAGGGUCAAAUAUAUUGCUCGAGAUAUCGCCAAGGUGUUGACGAAGAUAACAUACAACUUGACGAUAGCCUAUGAUAGUGUACACGUGAUAGGACACAGUAUGGGAGCACAUAUUGCCGGAUUCGUCGGAAAAAAUUUACCCAACCUUCCUCGGGUCACAGGAUUAGAUCCCGCAAAACCGAUGUACGAGAAAAGUGAUCCAGAAGAUAGACUAGCUAUUACUGAUGCCAUGUUUGUUGAUGUAAUACAUACUAACGCUGGUCAAGACGGGUUAAGCAAAUCUAUUGGUCAUAUGGAUUUUUUCCCAAAUGGAGGAAAAAAGCAACCGGAUUGUGAAAAAUCUACUUCGUGUAGUCACGUAUCAGCCUAUCAUUACUACGCACACUCCAUAUGGGCCAAAGACGAUUACAUUGCAUAUAAGUGUUCCAGUUGGAAAGACUAUGAAGCAAACAUGUGUAAUCAAUCCUACACAACUUAUAUGGGCGAAUUCGUAGAUAUAAAAGGGGAAAACGGUGAUUAUUUUUUAAAAGCGGCCACACGAGAUUAGUAGAAUAAAAUGCUACGAGUAAAUCCAUCACUGAAUAAAAUGAAAAUCUUUAAUAUUAUUAAAACAAGUGUUAUUUAUUA